AUGACGAAAAUCCUGAGUUCAUCGGAUGACGAGCAGAAGUCACUUUUACAAGACAUGAUGGAUACAUUUUUGCCAAAAGCACUGGCGGAUACUAGAUUGCAAAUGGACAAUCUUGAACACUGCAAAAAACGGUUCAGAAAUACUCAGAAAUUCUUCAGAUUUCAACCGAAGUCCAACAACGAGAGCGAGUGGCCUAAGGAAUUCUUUUCUUUGUGGAUGCCUUUCUGUUCAGAUUUCAAAGACAUCUGGAAGAAAGAACAGCAGCGAAAGAUACAGGAAAACAUCGCAAAAUUAAGGAAGCGUGUUAAUGACAUCAGAGAAGAAAAGAAAGCGAACAUUGUGGUAGCCAAAACGAAGCCAAAUGGAUUGAAAGCGAGGCUUAGCAAGAUGAGGAAUAAUAUGAUGAAUGUAUCUUAA